UCUACUGCUGCAAUAACCUUGAUUUUGGUGAUGGUGGUGGUGAUGCUUUUAUAUGGAGCUACAUAUAGGACCUCUUGGCCUCCCGCUGUGGAGUUCCACUCUGGUAUUGGCACAUUUUGUGGUGUCUCCCACCAGGGAACAGUGUUGAAAAACGGCACGGAAACCUUUGAAGCCUGGGAGGAUCCUCCUCCUCCAGUCUACAUGCAGUUCUACUUCUUCAACCUGACGAAUCCUUUAGAAGUGCUUCAAGGCGAUACUCCUCUUGUAGAGGAAAUAGGGCCGUACACCUACCGAGAAUACAGGCCAAGAGUGCACGUUCAGUUUUUGGACAACGGUACCAAAGUAUCUGCUCUGAACCCAAAGACAUACGUGUUUGAACCUCAGAAGUCAGUUGGAGACCCUGAAGUGGACCUGAUUAGAACAGUUAAUAUUCCUGCAGUGACUGCGAUGGAGUGGACCAGGUCAACCCCUCUGCAGUUUGCCACAGAGGUGCUGCUGCUCCUGUACCAGGAAUCCCUGUUUACAGUUCACACUGUUCAUGAGUUGCUGUGGGGCUACAGAGACCGGCUUCUGCAAACCAUGCAUCUGUUGCACCCCGAGAUCGACCCGGUGUUUGGUUUAUUUAAUAAGAUGAAUGGAACCGAUGAUGGAGAAUACGUUUUCCUAAGUGGGGAAAGGAACUACCUUAACUUCACAAGGAUUGUGGAAUGGAAAGGAAAAGAGUCAUUGAGCUGGUGGACAACAGAGGCGUGCAACAUGAUCAAUGGAACCGAUGGGACGUCCUUUCACCCGCUGAUUAGCAAAGAUGAGAAAAUUUAUAUCUUCUCUUCUGAUUUCUGCAGGUCUCUUUACGUGGUGUACGACAGCUCAGGAAUGGUUGCCGGCAUCCCAGCCUACCGCUUUGUGCCCUCUGCGCUGUUGUUUGCCAACACGACGGUUAACCCGGACAACGCGGGCUUCUGCGUGCCGCCGGGAAACUGCCCUGCCACCGGCGUCCUCAACGUCAGCAUCUGCAAGCAAGGUGCUCCGAUAUUUAUAUCAGCCCCACAUUUUUACCAAGCAGAUCCAAAGUUUAUAGAGGACAUAGAGGGCAUGCACCCCAAAAAAGAAUAUCAUGAGACGUUUCUGGACAUCAAUCCUCUGACAGGGCUUGUCCUGCAAGCAGCCAAGCGGAUGCAGAUCAAUGUUCACAUCAGGAAAUUACCUGAAUUUUUCGAAACAGGCAACAUCCGAACGCUGGUUUUCCCAGUGAUGUAUAUAAACGAGAGUGUUCUGAUUGACGAAGCAUCUGCCAGCAAGCUCAGGCACGUCUUGCUGGAAGCCAGUGUUGUAACCGGGAUCCCCUUCGUAAUCAUGGCUCUAGGAAUUGCUUUUGGGAUUGUUUUUGUUGGGCUGGUGUGCAGGUCCCGGGGAGUGAAGGAAGAGAGUACUGAAGAUGAAAGGUCCCCGCUCAUCAGGACAUCUUAG